GCGUCCCGGAAGGAGCGAACCUGCGGCGCACGAGCGAGUGAGUGAUAGCGGCGCCGCCCGCGGGCCGCAGGCGCGGCAAGUGCCGGGCGUUUCCCCGCCUCCUUGCCUUGGGUUUCCCUAAAGCAGGCGGGCGAGCGGCGUGGCCCCGCCGCGGCUCCGUGCACGUCCGUCCCCGAGUAGGGCCUCUCCAUCCCCCGCCGCCCGCGCCCCCGCGUGGGGUGGGCGCGCCAUCCCCGCACCGCAGCCGGUGUAGCCUCCGCAGCCCGGUCCCCGGCCCCUUCCCUGUCGCCCCGCCGCCCGAGCGGCCGCCGCCCGUUCCGCCUUUCCUCCGCUGCCACCGCUGCCGGCACCAUGGGCAGUGAGCAGAGCUCCGAGGCCGAGAGCCGACCCAACGAUCUGAACUCUUCAGUGGCCCCUUCUCCAGCUAAGCAUAGAGCCAAGAUGGAUGAUAUUGUGGUUGUAGCCCAGGGCUCCCAGGCCUCACGGAACGUCAGCAAUGAUCCCGAUGUCAUCAAAUUGCAAGAGAUUCCAACCUUCCAGCCGCUUUUGAAAGGGCUGCUGAGUGGCCAGACUUCCCCAACAAACACCAAGCUGGAGAAAUUGGAUUCUCAGCAGGUGCUGCAGCUCUGCCUCCGCUAUCAGGAUCACCUCCAUCAGUGUGCAGAGGCCGUCGCUUUUGAUCAGAAUGCUUUGGUCAAACGAAUCAAAGAGAUGGAUCUGUCUGUAGAAACCCUCUUUAGCUUCAUGCAGGAGCGCCAGAAAAGAUACGCUAAGUACGCUGAGCAGAUCCAGAAGGUCAACGAGAUGUCAGCCAUCCUGCGCCGCAUCCAGAUGGGCAUCGACCAGACGGUGCCACUGCUGGAGCGGCUCAACAGCCUGCUGCCUGAGGCCGAGCGCCUGGAGCCCUUCAGCAUGAAGCCCGACUGCGAGCUCAGACUGUAGCCGCCUCCCCCCACCGGCUGUGGCAGGGGACCGGCCAGGGCCCCAGGACAUUUGGAACCAAAGGCAUAGGAGGUGACUGAAGGCCAUUGGAGGUGUUGCUGCUCCCUGGGGGGGUGGGGAGGGGCAGACUGGUGCCCUGGAGACCUGCGAGGCCCAGCCCUUCCCUUGAUGCACUUUCCCCCGCAAAGCCAACAGACCUGCUCUCAGUGGUCACCGAAGCUGGAAUGUUUGAACUAUUAGCAAUUCUUUACAGAACUCUGCCUUGGGAAUUAUUUUUAUUUUGUUUAGUUUUUUUUUUUUAAUUGACAGUGUAUAUUAUCUAGCCUAGUUUGCAGACCGAAAACGUGAAGAGAAGGGGAGAAAUAUUUUAAGAAGCUCUGUGUCCUUCAUGCCUUCCUGAAAUCUUUCUCAGUAGGCUGUCUUGUGCGUUGUAAACAUAAAGAACUAAUUUAA